UUUCCAUGUUACGGAGAGCAUUAAAAAUGGCUACCAGCUAAUUGUUUUUGUUUACUAUGUAUCUAAUUGUUUAUCGUUGAUUAUAUUUGUAGUGGACUGUUGGAAACAUUUAUCCGUGUUUUUCUUUUUGUAAAUAGGAAAUGACAUCUUUAAUAUACCCUAGAAAACUAGGAGGAUCUGUCACAGUACAUAUUCCCGAUGUUGUUGAUGUUGUUGUAGAUGAUGGAGAGCGGACAAGAAAUGAAACAGAAACAGAAUGGGAACACAGGAAACCUCAUCCAUUUUCUAAAAAGUCUAACAGCAGUGACACCUUACUUCCUAAAACUCCAUCAAGUGUUGCCAGAAGUUCAAAGAAUGGCAACAAAGUUGACAAGGUGAAAAAUUGGAUUGAUAAGAAAACUAUUCAAGAACUGCAGGAAAAAGCUGACCAAGAAAGUCUUGCUACUAAGAAAUUGUAUACUUCAUUGUUAGACACAGAAAAAACAUUUGUUAAGAAAUUGGGAGAUUUGUUGUCACACAAAGAACUUGUUGAUCUAAGGAAAAAAGAGAUUCUCUACUUGAAAUGGUCAGAAGAGGUGUAUGAACCCAUCAGGAAAAAGAUUCUUGAAGCUAUAGAUGGUGCAGACUGGAUUCACCUGGAUCGUCGCAAACGAGAAAUGCAUCGUCAAUUUCUAGAACAUGUCAACAAACGAGGCUACGUAUUUCUAGAUGACGAUGAUAGAGAACAAUAUUAUGCACAAGCACUAAAUGGCCAUCGUCCCGCACCUAUAAAGAUCAAAACAGGGGUUCUCAGAGAUCCACUGUUGACACUAGGCAGAAAACAGGCAGAGGAAGAAAGGGCAAUACUGAGGUGCAUGACUGGUCACAAGUACUCAGAUAAAGACAUUGAAAUGGUGAAAUUACCUACCCUUCCACUUGUACCACAAGGACGUCAUGGAGUUGACAGCAGAAAAUGGCUUCAAAUGCCUUUAAACAAUAUUGAGAGUGCACCGCGUGAGAAGAGCAGUAAGAAGAGGCUCUACUACAGGUCUCAAUUUAAACCAUUUGUUUACCCUAGCACUAAAGGAAUAGAAUGUGGGGCCUCAGCACGAAGUCAACAAUUGAUUUCAAAGCUUGGGCCAAAGCUCAGUUUGAUGCCGAGAUUGCAGAGCAGGAGCUUGGAAUACCCAAAAGGAAAACCUAUGCUGAAAAACCUCCUUUCGGGAAAACCACAGUUGAGAUUCCAAGGGCUCCAUUCAUCGACCCAGAAGAUUUUUCAGACAAGAUCAUCAACACCAAUCCAUUCCCAGAGCACAUGGCACGACUCAGACAAGAGAUGGAAGAAAUGAAAGCCUACUACGACUAUCAACUGGAGCAGCAGAGACUGUUUAUGGAUGAGGACGACUUCAUGGCUUUGCAGAGAACUCAUCAAGCCUUUCAACAGCCACCAACUCAAUCUAAGCUGGACAAUGAUGAGGCUAUUACUUUACUCGCCUAACAUUAUUAGAGUCAAAAAAUAAAUUCUAGUUUUUAAAGGAACAAAUAAUGUUUCGACAUAGUUAUGGUAUAUAAAUGUUUGAUUGGUAUAGUGAAUUAUGCUGAAGACAGUGCUUCAAAUACAUGAACAUUAUAUCUUC